AUGAGCACCUACAUGAGAAUAGUCUUUAUCGCCGUCCUGCUAGCCACCGUAGCAGCUCUAGUGGAGGAGCACAAGGAGGAGCACGAGACGGAGGAGUCGCAUCUUCGAGCAAAGAGGCAGUAUGGAUAUGGUGGAUAUGGAUGGGGUGGCGACUACUGGUACACGGGCCGUAUGUGGGGGAUCCUGCUCGGCAUCAUCUUGCUGUCGUUGUGCUGCUGCGUGCCGCUGGUCUGCUUGAUCGGCGUCUGGUUCAUGGGCUGGUUCGGCGUGCGUGAUCGUCACGACUCCAGAAGAAAGGGUGUCCCUACCAUGACCUCAACCACCGUCUACCCCCCGCCACAGAGUGUCAUCCAACUGGAUGAAGAGCCCCAUACUCCACCCAGAACAUACACCCCUACAAGGCAAUACAACACUACCCGAACUUAUAGCCCAGCAGCGCCCGCGCAGUCUGAACACAUCGUCUACCAAAGCGACGAGCGCUACUACACAACUUCCGGAUCCCCUCCCCGCAAUAGCGCCAUC